UUUUAGUGUUACGCACCGCUUGGCAGUCAUGUCGGCGCUGAAGUCAGAUCGCUUACUGUUAGAGUCGACAAAAUUCAGUUAGAAGUAAUUUCUUGCGUCGUUUUUACAUUCGAGACAACAUUACCCGGUGAUUAUGCGUUGAGGAGAAGCGAGGUGUUCGCUGCAGUGUCGGUUUAUUUUGAGUUGUCUGAGCCAUGGCAUCACUGUCAGAGGAGGUGCUGCUGGUGGUGAAAAAGGUCCGUCAGAGGAAGCAGGAUGGCACACUUUACCUGAUGGCUGAGCGAGUAGCCUGGUGUCCCGAAGGCAAGGACCGCUUCACAGUCAGCCACUUGUAUGCAGAUAUUCGAUGUCAGAAGAUCAGCCCAGAUGGUAAAGCCAAAAUUCAGCUCCAGCUGGUCCUUCACACCGGCGAGAGCACCACAUUCCACUUUGCCAAUGAGAGCAGUGCGCUCAAAGACAGAGAUGCCACCAAGGAACUGCUGCAGCAGCUACUGCCCAAGUUUAAGAAGAAAGCCAACAAGGAGCUGGAGGAGAAAAACAGGAUGCUUCAAGAAGAUCCGGUGCUUUUCCAGUUAUAUAAAGACCUUGUGGUGAGCCAAGUGAUCAGUGCUGAGGAAUUCUGGGCCAACCGGUUAGGAGGCAUCAACAACACAGACCCCGCAGUGGUCAACAACAAGCAGGAAGUCGGUAUAUCUGGAGCCUUUCUGGCCGACAUUAGACCUCAGACAGAUGGCUGCAACGGCUUGAGAUAUAAUCUGACGGCUGACAUUAUUGAAUCCAUCUUCAGAACGUACCCUGCAGUUAAGCAGAAGUAUAGUGAAAACGUGCCUCAUAACCUGACAGAGAAGGAGUUCUGGACGCGCUUUUUCCAGUCCCAUUAUUUUCACAGAGAUCGCAUCAACACAGGAACACAGGAUAUCUUCUCUGAGUGUGCCAAGCAGGAUGAGAAAGGGUUAAAGUCUCUGGUGAUUCAAGGAGUGAAGAAUCCUUUGGUUGACCUCCUGUCGUUGGAGGAUAAAACAUUAGACGAGGGCUAUGGAAUUUGCACAACACUACCCUCAACUUCCAACGCAAGCAAGAGCGUGAAGGACAGCAGCAACUCUGCCAUUAUAAAGCGCUUCAACCAUCAUAGUGCCAUGGUGCUGGCAGCGGGCUCACGCAAAGGGGAGACACCGACUGACCAAGCUAGUGAGACGAGCAGUACCGAUGGAAACUCAAGGGAUUCUGACUUCUUUCAGCCUCCUGUUAAGAAGGUUAAGUUACAAGAAGCCAUAGAAUACGAGGAUCUGCAAAGGGAAAACAGACCAAAAACAGUCGCGUUAAACCUGAAGAAGUCUGACAGGUAUGCUCAUGGCCCUGUGCCGCUUCAGUCCCAGCACUAUACAACCAGCCAGGAUAUCAUCAACUCUGUCAACUACAUCCGGCAUGAGAUGAUGAAUUACAAACCCAACCUCACUGAGGUGUUGUCCAGCACAGCAGCUAGUUCUGCCAUCGCAGCACUUUCUCCAGGCGGCGUCCUCAUGCAGGCAGGUGCACAGCAAGCCAUAAAUCAGAUGGUGCCCACUGAGGUUCAAGGAGAGCUGAGGCAUCUUUAUGUUGCUGCUGGGGAGUUACUGAGACACUUCUGGUCCUGUUUUCCUGUAAACACACCCUUUUUGGAGGAGAAGGUGAUGAAAAUGAAGUCAAACCUCGAGAGAUUUCAGGUGACCAAGCUUUGUCCCUUUCAAGAGAAAAUCCAGCGACAGUACUUGAGUACAAAUCUCACAGGGCACUUGGAGGAGAUGCUGCAGACUGCCUAUAGCAAGUUCCACAUCUGGCAAACCCGCCGCAUGAUGAGGAAAACCUGAGCUCGUCUAGUUUGUCAAAGAGAAGACAAGAAAGACAUUAAAUGGACAAAUGACUUGUGAAGGUCCUCUGCACUGCUGUGAAGAGACCACAGACCACAGCCGAAUGGAACAUAGUUCACAAGGGCUUAACGAGGAUGAUGUGGAGGGACUGCUACAACCCCAAAUGUUCAACAGAGUCUAACGCAUCUCAGUCACAAAUGACUGUAAUUAGUUUUCUCUUUUCUUUGUGUUUUUUUUUCUCAGUGAUUGAGAGAUUGAUGUCGGUUAUGGUUAAACAGGACUUUUAAAAUCGUGUAACAUGACCAAAUUUUGGAUGGAAAUCGGAAAAACAGGCUCUCAGGACAACAGACUGAGGUGUGAGAUGCACACAGAGGACUGGCAACGUGUUUGAUCCGUGCACUGAGCAGAGAAAGAGUGCGUUGACAUAGGAGGAGUCCCUCUGAACACUGGGUCGAUCCGUGAAGCAGCGUUCCACAAAAGCUGAAGCGAGAGGGGGAAGUGAAUAUAGCAAUACUGUAAAGACAUUUCACACUUGAGUGCAUUAGUGUGUGUGACUCGGAUCACACUGUCACUGGUUUGUAACGUCUGCACUAUCUGUAACUCUGAAUUAAAGUGAGGCAUAAGGCUUUUGUUCCUGC